AGGAAAAAUAGGAGAGUAAUUUUUUCGGAGUUAACAUUAUUUUCAUCUGAAAGUGUCAUUUUUAUACAUUAUAGAGUGAAAUCAUUUCAAUUGGUCAAUAGAAUCGGAACAAAAAAAUAAAGUAAAUCAUAACAGAGUAAAACAAGAACACGCCCACUGAAGUUCCUUAAGUUUCGUUUCUUCCACCAUCUUGUUAUCCCGCAUUGGAACGGAGGCGACGGUUAGCUGUGUGCCAGGUAAGUCCCCAAAUGAGUUGUAGAUAUAUUUUACGUGGGGUUUUAUGAUUUAUUUUUAUUAUUAAGACUAUUAAUCUCUAGUGGAAAGAUGACGUGCUGCUGUGUGUUCGUGGGGGAAGGAGGGGUGCAGCGAGGAAUUAACAUGGUUGGCUAACUAGUUAGCAUGUGUGCUUCAGCUAACUUAAUUUAGCCGUUUACAACAAUGUAAGCAGAAAAAAACAUCAAUGUUGUACAAUCUACGUCCAUUUUUUUAAUUUUCACAAGUCAAGGCUGUCGCUAUUUUUAAGCUGAGGAACGGAGUUUAAAAGAGGAGCUAGCUGUACAGUCGAAGCUGGCUCUUCUAGCAUGUGGAGCCAGGGUUCCGCCCAGAAAAUGGCGCGGGAGGACUAUGCUAGUAACGUUUCUUGAACGUAGAGCAGCGAUAAAAAAAAAAAACAGAAUUAAAGUCGUGCUUUGUAUGUAAACUAUGUAAGUUGUCAGUAAAACAUUUUUGACUGACUUUUUUGUUCAUAAACCCCGUUUCCAUCGAGUUGUAUGGAGCUGAUAUGUUUUUUCCCGUCUUAGCUGUGGUGAUUGGCUAAAUUCAAGUAAAGAGCCUAGCCCAUUAAGGAUAGUUGUUAGCCACCUUCAUGAUGGUUUCAAUCUUUUAUCUUAAUUUUUUAUUCAUGUUUACAUAAUGCAGGAUGCAAGCUGUGCGUAUCAAAUACAGAGAUCGACAGAAAUACAUCUGUUUUGAAGGCCAACUGACUUACAGUUCUUUUUUGGAAUGUGCUGCAAAAAAGUUCAGCAUCCCAACCUUGGACUUAAAAGUCUUUGAUGACUCGAAGACUGAAGUGGAUGAGGAGGUUUUUGAGCUCCUUUUGAAAAGUCCAAACCUUGGUGUGCUGGAAAUUUGUGAAGCACAAGAUCUCAAUCCAGAAGGUAAUCCUAUGGAUCAGCUAAGUUGUGCAGCAAGCAGCUCCUUUACCAGUUCCAGUGGAGAAACUGAAGUGGACUCCGAUGACACCAUUAUAUUGCAACACAGUCCUGCAACAAGACAGAGAACUGAAGACACCUCUCUUGCCCAAAUGAUUGAAAAUGUUCUAAAGAACAAACCAGGAGGAGACAGGAUCAUCAAUGAGUAUGCGCGGACAAAAAGCCUAACAGACGGCAGACGGCGUGACAUGGUCAAGAUAUUGGUUGCGCAUAUGACAAGUGAACAUGGGACAAGUCCUUCCAGAUGUAUCAAAGAGGACUAUGCAAAGGGUAUUAUUACCUUGUUCCCUUACCUGGCUGAUCCUAAGAGCAGAUUUGGCUAUGAGCAUUAUUACAAUGCAGAAGAUGGGAGUGGGUAUCUGGCUUGGAGACUGAAGUUUGUCCAGAGAGAAGCUUCUAAUGGACAAAAGAAGAUCCCCAGACUGUCACAAACCCAAACAGGGGGACCAACAACUGACAGGGACUGUUUGAGAGAAGAAGACUGCCUUAUGACACCUUGUGUUCUGAGGCCACUGCGCUGAUGAAGCACACAGCUGAUGAAGGAACUGUUAUGAGGAAGAUAAAACAGACUUUCAACUAUCGCCAGAAGAUGAUUCAUGACCCAGUGAAGUCAUCUAGUAUCUUUUUGGACUUCCCAAGAUUCCUGGACAUAGGAGGACUGGUUGAGCAAGAUUUUACAUUGUUUGGGGAAGCCGUCGCUGCAAAGUUCCUGGAGAAGUGGCCCAGCAUCAAAGUCACAUUGCUUUCAGUUGGCAUACAACUG